AUGGAGGAGAGCAUUUACGGACGGCAUUUGCAGCAGAACCCGUUCGCUAUGCAGCGCGAGCAGGAUGCGUUCCGUACGGUCAGCAUGGAUUGGCAUCGAUUCAUACAGUUCCCGUCCGCGUACGACGCCCAGCAGGUCCACCCCGACGUCCACCGUCGCAUCAAACAGGAGCAGGACGACCGGAAGUUCGACCGGUGGCAGCAGAUCCGGUCGAUCGACGUGGACCGCGAAUUGCAGACCAUGUAUGGCGCCGACGCCCGGUUUCGCGGGAAGCAACGCAAAGCAUUACAGGCCAUCAUUAGUGGCCACGCCCGCAUCGUCGUCGUCAUGCGGACCGGCGGCGGCAAGAGUUUAUUGUUCAUGUUGCCCGCCGCGGCGUCCCGCGAUGGCGUCACGAUCGUCGUCAUGCCCAAGAUCAUGUUGCAGGAGGACAUGGCCGAGCGAUGUCGCCGCGACGGCAUCCCGUGUGCGAUUUGGAGCGACGACCGCGCCCCGCCGUACGACGCCCGGAUCGUAUUCGUGAUUGCGGAGUCCGCCGUGUCCCAAUCGUUCGCCGAUUUCGUGAACGCGAAGAUGUUCAACCAGCAGUUAGACCGCAUCGUCAUCGACGAAUACCAUUCCGUUAUGCAAUCGACGGCGACGUUCCGGCCCAAGGUGUUACAGUUGCGCGAGUUGGCCCACCGGCAGACCCAGAUCGUGUAUUUGACGGCGACGUUGCCGCCCCGGUGCGAGUCCGCGUUUAUAGCGACGUUGGACAUUGCGCCCAGUGAGGUGUUCAUAAUCCGGGAGUCGACCGUGCGGCCCAACAUCCGGUACCGUGUGGUCCCAUACGACGGCGAAAGCGCCACGUUGCAGCAGAUAAUCGCCGACAAAUUGGCCCAGUACCCGGCCGCCGAUCGCAUUGUCGUGUAUUGCCGUACGAUCCGCGAGAUGCACCGAUACGCCGAGGAGAUGGGCGGCGCCGUGUUUUACAGCACCGUCGGCGACAUCCAGCGCAAGCGCGAGAUCAUGCGGAUGUUAACCGAGGGCGAGGAACGAUUGUUUUGGUCCACUAGCGCGUUAGGCGAAGGCAUCGACGCC